AUGGACCCGCUUGCAGACGACGUCAAUCAAGGCUGGGCUUCCGAAGCACCGCCAGCGCUCUCUUCGCCACCCGUCCAGUCUCCCUCUCGCGCCCCACAGCAACAGCAAACAUCACCAUCAACAUUCAUUCGUGAUCCCCAAGUCUACGGUGACCCAGGCCACGCUCUCAUGAAUCCUCCAGCAGAGCACAAUCCAAAGCAGAGUCCCCAUCCCUACCUCCGCCUCCGCAUUGCAGGUCUUGAACGGAACCGAAAGGACCUACUCGUCCGCUUCGAUGCCAGCACCAACCUCCCUAACUUUCGCACAUCCCUGUAUCGCAACCUUCAACGGUCCUAUGUCGAGUUCCAGCGCUUCGCAGAGCAACUUCAGCUUUGCUGUCCGCAGACCAUCAUCCCCGCCCUUCCCCUUCCCCACACUUCCGCAGCAACUGACGAGGAAGACGACCGGCUCGUUAGGAUAAUCCUCCAGCGCUGGUUCAGCCGCGUGGCGGACGACCCUCAGUUGCAGAAGGAGGACGAGCUACGCAGCUUCAUCGAGUCUGACUUUGGCUAUAACCCGAUCCCCCCACCCUCAGCACGCAAGCAGUCGACGGGUGGAGCGGCGACCUCGGUCCUGACCGCUGCCCUGUCCAAAGUCGUGCGCCGCGGGCCGUUGGACGAGGAUGACGAGAUCAUGAGUGCGCGCACGACUCUGGAGCGCCUGGAACCCGCGUGGGCUGCAGCGGCGAACAGCAUCGGCAAUCUCAGCAAGGCACGCAAGGCCCUUGCCUCUGCUCAGGCUGAAGUUGGUGCCAAACUCAUAGGUCUCGCGACCGAUGAGUCGGACAUGAACCUCGCGACUGCCGAGCGUAAGAUGGGCCGAGCGUACGAGCAAAUGAGCGGGAUGGCGGUGCAGCAGAUCACGAGCGACAACGUCAUCCUCAACGAUUCUCUCGCAUACCAGUCGUCUAAUGCCAGGGCAGGCCGCGACGCCCUCGCACAGCGCACCCAGAUCCUGGAAGACUCGCACAGUUCGACCAAGACGGCGAUCACCAAGCGUCGCAACGUCGAGCGAAUGAAGGGUAGCUCCAACAUCAAUCCUCAAAAGGUCGACGACGCGAUUAGUGAGAUGGAAGAGGCGAACGCAAUCGAGGACCGCCUCACUUCGAACCUCAACGCCAUCUCUGCACAUCUUCACACCGCUCUCCGCACACACUCACGUAACGCGCACGAGGACGUCGCCUUCAGUCUUCUCGAGCAUGCGCGCAUGAACAUCAUCUUCAAUCGCUCUGUCCUCCGCGAGCUGGAAGCGCUCAAGCCAGACCUUGCGCGCGUCACCGCUCCCAUUCUCGCCAACCCUGGCACCCCUACGACGCCCACAAGCGCUGGUCCCCUGACGUCUCCGCCUGUGCAGCACGCGACGCCGACCCAAGCCGCCUUCGCCCCGGCGCCGAGGCAACCAGGCAUGUCCCAGUCCAUGUAUGUCCCUGCGCCCGUUGAACCCGGUCCUCGAUCCCAUUCGGCGGGAGUCCGGCCUUCAACUCCGUCCACGCCAGGCCCAGUCGACCCUCUGGGAGGCGCUCCUAUGGCUCAGAGCAUGUACGGUGCGCCUGGCCAUCGGCCUCCUCAACGACGACAGGGACGCGCUCUCGACGAGCGCAAAGCAGCCAAGCUUCUGGCAGGUGGAUUCUGA